AUUACCCCUUUGAAAAAAAUUUUGCCGUUAAAACUACCAUCAUAGAGUAUUAUAUACUGUCACAAGUUUAAUAUUGAGUAACUUUGAGUCUCCUUUUCUAAAUUCAAGCAACUAGAGACUGUCUGAAAGCUCGAAGGGAUCAAACUGACAAGAGAAAAUAAUAAUUUCACAAUGUCCGAUAUAAGCGAAGGAGAUUUGGAAAGCUCGUCCCAAACCCCGAAAAAGCGCAUUCUUACGGAAGAAGAAGAGAAAAUGAAAAAAAGAUCAAAAGAAGUAUGUGAACGAUUUACCUAUUUGAUAAAUGCUAGUAAAGAAACUAUAUUAAGAAAUUUGAUGAGUAACGAUCCAGAAGAUUUUAAAAAAGUUCCAAACAUGACUCAUACUCUAGAAAAAGCCUAUUUAGAUGCAGAAAUGAUUUUGCAAAAACUGCUUGGAAAUCGACAUAAAAAGAAGCCUUUGAGCAAAAAGAAUCCUAACGUGAAUUAUCUACGGGCCAGUUGUAGUAAAGACUAUGAAUCUAAUCGCCGAUUUUCGGAUGAAAGCCUAAAAAAGCAUAUAAUGUCUGAGGAGUCACUUCGAGCAAAAGGAGCUAACAAACCAAAAGCAGAAUUUAGACAUUAUAUGCCUUAUGCCCAGUCUGCAUCCGCAAACAACUCACCCAUUAAUCUUUACGCUGAGAGAUACGGAUUGAAAAUAAUGAUAACUAAUAUUCUAUCUCCCAACGAAAUUUGGUACAGAAAUACCGAAUACGAGAAAGAAUUGUAUACCAUGGAAAACGAACUAGCUACUCUUUAUACUUUAAACGAUUACGAAAAACUAGAACUAUUAAUAGGUGAAAGAUAUAUGGUUAAGCUGUCUGACGUAAGUAGCCUCGGUGAAACCAAGGUGUACAGAUGUAAAUUGAUUGGUUUCGGAUCGGGAAAUGAGUCUGGUUUGGUGAAAAUUUUAACAAUUGAUCAUGGUACCUAUCAUAAUGUUCAAGAGGAAGACAUUAAAUCAUUAUUUGAUAGCGACUACUACGAAAUGAAUCCAUUCGCUGAUAGAGGUUCUUUACCUAACUUGAGGCUAUGCCGACAAGAUCAACAGUGGUCGUAUGCUGAGCGUCUUGAUAUAUUUGAAUUCCUAAACUCUUCUUAUAAUAAAGAAGUAUACGUUAAGGAAAUUAAUCCCAAUGAAAAAUUAUUCCGAAUUCCGAAUAAACCUACCGACGUAGAGAUAAAUAUAAUCCAAAUAACAGAAAGCGGUGCUCUAGAACCAAGUCAGAGAAUUGUUAUAAACUUUUCCAACUAUCUACUGGAUAAUGGAUUUGCUAAUCGAAUUCAACGGGAAAAAAUUAAAAGCAAGAAAUUACCGCCGGCUAUUAAUUAUGCAGAAGUUGAAGAUUGCGUAAAUCAACUGACUGACCUCCUGAAGUUAAAAAUGCCUUAUCAUCCCCAACUGGAGCAAACAGCAAACGAUGCUUCAUCUUAUAGCUCCGUAUCAUCCUCUAAUAACAGGAAUAAUAUAACACCGAGUUUAGACAACCGCUUGGUUCAUAUUCAAUCUUAUGUUCCGGAUAGUUGUUCAAAUUUCGAAUUUAUGGAAGGAAUUUGCAGUUAUGUGAAUGAAAAUGGAAUAAUAUCUUUUCAACACAAAACACGACAUAUUGGAGAGUCAGAUACGUUGCAAACACUAUUACAAGAUGCACAUCAACACGGAAAUUAUAUCCAGUGUAACGAUUUAAUGGAACUGAAGGAUAAUCAACCGAUAGUUUGUCGCUUCUCGGCAGACAAGCAGUUUUAUAGAGCAAAAGUUUUGAAAGUAAUUGAUAAAGUGUCAGUGAAAGUACAUUACGUUGAUUUUGGCAAUAGCGAAGUAGCUUUGAGGCAAAAUAUUCAUUUGGCACCGCUACCUUUACACAAACCUAUACUGUGCUAUAAUAUUAAGCUGCACGGCUUAAUUCCAAUCAAUGGGAGUAGCAAAUGGUCAGAAAGGGCGUUACUUCUUUUGUAUAGACAAUUAUUUUCUCGUAAGAUUAAAGUGCGAAUCAUUAAAAAUAUAAGCUUCAACCUAUACGAAGGAGAAGUAAUUCGAAUGAUGCAAAAGGAUUGCGAUCAAGAAUUGAAAGUUAGUGAUCUGCUAAUUCGCGAGAAACACGCUUCAAGGGUGAUAGACACUCCUUAAAGACCUAAAAGACUUUGUUUAUUAUUAUUAUUUUUUGAUAUUCAGUUUAUGUUAUUAUAUUGAAAAGUUGAUGUUGAAGUUUCGAAAAUAGCUAUGAAGUUCUUAAACUGAUAAUUAGACUCCUUUCUUAGACAUUUUUUUCAUCUGUAUAUCUACUAAGUAUAUUCUCUUUCGUUUUUUUUUAAUGUUGUGUUCGUACAACCGCAAAAUACAAUUAUAUCUACAAAACAGGCA